AUGGCAUCGCGAGAAAUGAUUCAGCCGCUUCUUCCAACUUGUCAAAGAUGUAGGAGACUGAGAAGAAAGUGUGACACGCAGUUACCGGAUUGCCGGUUGUGUCAGAAGGCCGGCGCUGAGUGCAUGCUGUUUGAUCAUGCACUGCAACAGUCAUUACCUAGAGCGUACGUACAAUCACUAAUCACACGAGUGGAACACCUUCAAGCGGUCAAGAACACCAUUUCGACCUCGCCUUGUGAUCGCCAGGUGCAAUUAUCACCUAGGAAACAGCCGGCUAUUAGCCCCCUAGUAUCCAAUUUCUCCCAAACGUUCCUCUCAGACGAGCUACACGAAAACCCCGCUUACCAUUCCUUUGACAAACACUUUCCUAUCGCUUCCGUUCCGAAUCGGUCCCGGUUCUUUGGCUCCUCCUCAGUGUUCACACUGAGUGUUGAAGUGCUUCAUCAUGCAUCGACGAAGGGUAUUCUCCCCAUCGAGUACGAACCGACAACACCAACUCAAGACGGCGUUAUCCUUGAAAUUCAGCAGCGACUGUCUAACGAGAGCUAUGGUCAGCCAGAGGCCGUCCAAGCGCACUGCAAGGUCUUCCUAUCAUCUUCCAAUAUUCUCUACGGCAUUAUAGACGAGAAUACCUGUCCGAAAGAUAUAAGCACUUACCUUACCCUGCGAUCCACCGGCUUUCUUCUGCCGACACUUCAUGGCCCGGAAGCACACGCCUACUUUCGCAUCAGCAUGAUGUGCGCCAUUGCGUGUGCAACUCGGGCGAGGUAUCAGCCACAGCUUGCUACGGAAAGCAUGGCAUACUACCACGACGCUCUUGCAUGCGUGGAAGAAGUCACGAGCGAAGUUAGUCCCGCGAGCCUGCAGGCACUGCUAUUGUUGACUAUAUUCUGCUUGUUUAAUCCUAGGAAGGGAGACAUCUGGAAGUUGCUGGACUACGCAUGUCGGUUAACAGUCGAACUUGGUUAUCACACCGAAACGGAGGGAGAUGGGAUCGCGGAGGACGAGCGGCAGAGGAAGUUGAGGAGGUCAACGUUUUGGGGCUUGUAUGCGAUCGAACGCAUAACAGGCCAGCUCUUCGGCCGCGGCUCCGACCUCCCAGAGUCGAUCAUCACAACGGAAUACCCCUCGAUCCUCACCUCAACAUCUGACGUUGACCAAGAGACCCUUCAGCCAAUUUCUAUAGCGCACCACUAUCGCCUUGUUUACCUACGCUCCGAACUUUUCAAAGUCCUCUACCUCCCCGCAAAUCCACCAUCCUACGAUUGGCCAUGGUACAAAGAACGCUGUGCUACCCUCCGUGACUGGCGGAAAGACCUCGACGUCAGCGAGGAUCUCGCGGGCGUAGCGACCAUCACUUGCGACGUGGGCUACCAUUCCACUAUGUGCUUUAUCUUCCAGCCAAUCAUGCUCCGUGCGCUGAAAGCCACUGAAGAAGACGACGGCAUCUUCGAGGGCCUUGGUACAACUGCUAUACCCCAAGAUAAUUUCCACUCCGCCAUUUCUCUCCUGCAGACCUACGAAAAAGUCGUCCGGGCAUCAGAGUCGUCACCGCUCGGUAUCUACCCGAUGACAUUUCUCUCGGCGCACUACAUAUACCUCGCUGGUCUGACUCUCAUGGCGCACGCGCUGCUUGUGCUGGACGGACGGCUGCGCGUGUUGAAAAGAAUGGAAGAGCUGGAGUUUGUGGCUGAGACGAGCGAACUGACUUAUGGGGCGAUUGAGUGGAAGGGCUUGUGGGAGGCGAGUAAUAGUUGCCUGGUGUUAUUGCAGUGGUGUGCGGAGAGGUGGAAGGGUAUGGAUGGGAUGCGGGAUAUCUAUCAGAGUUUGGCGGGUAGGGUGAUGGGAAGGAUGGCGGGGAAGGGAUUGCUGUAG